UGCAGAUACUUCCAGAGAAGGAAGCGGAGUUUCCGGCUGUUUGCUGCUGAGGGAGAGUACUGCUGACGCCGCGAAACCCCUAAUAAAUACUCGCCGGCUUGGGGGUAAAACAUUCGGACACCAGAAGAAAUACGUCAGUCCAGCACCCGGGGGGAGGGCUGAUAUUCCGGACUAAGUGUUCGGACCAGUGAGCGGAGAAGAGGGGAAGAGCGACGGCGAAAAAGGCGGGGGGUGGAACCCACCAACUACCGGCAUGGCUAGGGACUACGAUUACCUCUUUAAGCUGCUCAUCAUCGGUGACAGCGGGGUGGGGAAGAGCAGCCUGCUGCUGCGAUUUGCGGACAACACAUUUUCAGGUAGCUACAUCACGACGAUCGGGGUGGACUUCAAGAUCCGGACAGUUGAGAUCAACGGGGAGAAGGUGAAGCUGCAGAUCUGGGACACAGCGGGACAGGAGCGCUUCCGCACCAUCACAUCAACGUACUACAGGGGGACGCAUGGGGUAAUCGUGGUAUACGACGUCACCAGCGCAGAAUCUUUCGUCAACGUCAAACGGUGGCUCCACGAAAUCAAUCAGAACUGUGACGACGUCUGUCGAAUAUUAGUGGGGAACAAGAACGACGACCCCAACUCCAAGGUGGUGGAGACGAACGACGCGCAGAAGUUUGCCGAGCAGAUGGGGAUCAGCCUCUUCGAGACGAGCGCGAAGGAGAACAUAAACGUAGAGGAGAUGUUCAACUGCAUUACAGAGCUGGUGCUGAGAGCCAAGAAAGCCAAGCAGCCGCAGCAGGCACAGAACGACGUGGUCAAGCUGAACAAAAACAGCAAACGCAAGAAAAAGUGCUGCUAACAAAACUGACCAACGAAGAUGAACCAAUACAGAAAAGUCAACCACAUGCACAUCUCCAACAAAGCAGAACACCCACGGAACAAGACUCCCACUUACUAAAUCAAGAAAAAAUAUGAAGAUUUAAUAAUGAAAUUGUGAAAAAAUAAAAUGAAAAAAAAAAAAUAAAAGGUCCCUUUUGGACAAAUGAAUCCUAAAGACUUUUAAGAGAAAAAAAAAAUGUACAGAUUUUAUUAGAAGCUAUAGGGAGUUUUAUUUGGAAUUUGAGCGGUUAUGUGAUGUUAUUUAAUAAGGUCCUUCUGGGGAUGGGAAGGAUCAGAAAGCUGACUGCCACAGUACUCAGAUUUAUAUAUGAAAUAUACAUAUUUCUCUGCAUCAGUCUAUUUUUUCUUCUUCUGCAUCACAUGGGACUGUCAGGAAU